UUUACAUCCUUCAGAGUGACAGACCGGAGCCGGACUCGUGCCGGGAGUUGUGCACCUUUCUCUUUUUUUGGAAAACUUUUCCCUUCCAAAAUAACCCAGGCCGUACAGUUUGGAUACCCGUCAACAGAUUUCUGGAGACAUGGCCUCUGAACAUAUUAAUGGAAAUGGUACAGAAGAACCCACGGACACCUCUGAUGCAGUUACCCAUUCUGAACACUUCCAGACUUUAUUAGAAGCUGGUUUACCACAGAAAGUUGCUGAAAAACUAGAUGAAAUUUACCUAGCAGGUUUGGUAGCGCACAAAGACCUAGAUGAGAGGGCAUUGGAGGCGUUGAAAGAGUUUAAUGAAGAAGGCGCCCUGCAAGUUCUGCUGCAGUUCAAGGACAGCGACCUCUCGCAUGUUCAGAACAAAAGUGCCUUUCUCUGCGGAGUGAUGAAGACCUACAGACAGAGGGAGAAACAGGGGACCAAAGUGUCAGAUUCCAAUAAAGGACCAGAUGAAGCAAAAGUAAAGGCGCUCCUGGAGAGGACCAGCUACACGCUCGACGUAACGACGGGCCAGCGGAAGUACGGCGGGCCACCUCCGGAGUCCGUCUAUUCGGGAGCCCAGCCCACCAUUGGCACAGAGAUUUUCGUGGGGAAGAUCCCGCGGGACUUGUUUGAGGAUGAGCUGGUCCCGCUGUUCGAGAAGGCGGGGCCCAUCUGGGACCUGCGCCUCAUGAUGGACCCCCUCAGCGGGCUGAACAGGGGAUACGCCUUCGUCACCUUCUGCACUAAAGACGCAGCUCAGGACGCCGUGAAGCUGUGUAAUAACAGCGAAAUUCGGCCCGGGAAGCACAUCGGCGUGUGCAUCUCCGUGGCCAACAACAGACUGUUCGUGGGCUCCAUCCCCAAGAGCAAAACGAAAGAACAGAUCGUAGAGGAGUUUGCCAAAGUCACAGAGGGUCUUAACGACGUCAUACUGUACCAUCAGCCGGACGACAAGAAAAAGAACAGAGGCUUCUGCUUCUUGGAGUACGAAGACCAUAAAUCUGCGGCCAUGGCGCGGCGGCGGCUGAUGAGCGGCAAGGUGAAGGUGUGGGGCAACGUGACGGUGACGGUGGAGUGGGCCGACCCCAUCGAGGACCCCGACCCGGAGGUCAUGGCCAAGGUGAAAGUUUUAUUUGUAAGAAACCUAGCAAGUACUGUAACGGAAGAAAUACUUGAAAAGACCUUCACGCAGUUCGGAAAGUUGGAGCGGGUGAAGAAGCUGAAGGACUACGCCUUCAUUCACUUCAACGACAGAGAUGGAGCGGCGAAGGCACUGGAAGAAAUGAACGGCAAACACCUGGAAGGAGAGCACAUAGAAAUUGUCUUUGCGAAGCCCCCGGACCAGAAGAGGAAGGAGCGCAAGGCCCAAAGGCAGGCUGCCAAAACGCAAAUGUAUGAUGAUUAUUAUUACUACGCCCCCCCACACAUACCAUCCUUCUCUAGAGGUAGAGGGCGGGGAAGCAGGGGGAGCUACUCCUACCCCACCGAAUACUAUGGUUAUGAAGACUACUAUGACUACUACGGCUAUGACUACCACAAUUACCGCGGCGGCUACGAAGACCCUUACUACGGCUACGAGGACUAUCAAGUCCCCGCCAGAGGCCGGGGCGGCCGGGGGGGCCGGGGAUCGGCCCCGCCUCGCGGCAGGGGGGCGUCGGCACCCCCGAGGGGCAGGCCCAGCUUCUCGCAGCGAGGGGGUCCCGGAUCGAGCAGAGGGACGCGAGGGGCCAGAGGAGGCACUCCACAGAGAGGCCGCGGGGUACGUGGUGCGCGCGGUGGCCGCGGUGGAAAUGUAGGAGGCAAGCGCAAAGCUGACGGGUACAACCAGCCAGAUUCCAAGCGCCGCCAGACCAAUAAUCAGAACUGGGGCUCUCAACCCAUUGCUCAGCAACCCCUGCAAGGUGGUGAUCAUUCUGGCAAAAGGGGUCGAGGCCGGUCCUGACCUGUUUCUUUGAAGACUGACUCGCUACGUGGGGUUACGCCGGAAGCUGCCACUGGACGCGAUGGUAAGGUCGACACGAUGGUCCAAUGAUAUUCCAGCCUUAAAGAAGACGCCUAUCUCCCAGACUGCCACAUUAAAAAGAUCCACAGCAAUUUGAAGAUGUUACUUGCUUGGAUUUUAUUUUAUUUUUUACUUUCUUGUGGAAAAGAGCCUUGAAUUUAGCAAUUACAACCCCCUUCCCCUCCCCAAAAAAUGCCAUUGUAAAAUGAUUGAAGAUUUUCAGAUUUUCUGAAAAGAUAGUCAACCUGAAAUGUCUUUUGCACUUUUUAAGUUUUCUUGAUUUGAAGUGGCUCAGAAGGAGCUUGAUGCUUUUGUAUGUUUUUGUGUUUAUUUGCAGCUUUAUGUUGGGAUGUCCAUGUUGUAAUCUUAAUUAUUUUAGAUUUUGGAUAGGUUUGAAGAACAUUUGCAGAUUUUUAGGUGUAACCACCUGGCGCGAGUUGUCAGGCAUUCCAAGUUAAGUUGUUCUUUUCAGAACUUGUCUUUAAAGGGUUGGUUAACUACCUCAGUACAGAGGACGGAACUACCCUGCCUGUACUGUAAAUAGGGGAGACGAUAUUGAUGAAAGCAGGACCUGUUUCUUCACGAAAUAUGCACACAGGCAACAGCAGUAUGUGUACUAAAUUUAAUAUAGUACCUUUGCUGCUGUUUCGACACUGCAGACAGUCAAACUGGGCGUGAUGAGCGUAAACAUGCCCUGCUUUCAUCCCCAUUUAAACUGAGGUAGCAUCUUUGCAUCUUCAGAUUAUGUAGUUACUGGUUGUAAGAUAGUUUGAAGAAAGAAAAAAAAAGUUACUUUUGUAAAAGCUUGAAUAUCAGAAACGGUAUCAAAGCCCGUCGGUUUCCUUUUCUCCCCAAAGGAAUACGCCGGAAUGGUUUUUUUGUAGUCCUACUAAUGCAGAGGCUUCAUCUUAGCGAUUAUGUUAAGUACCUUUGAAGUCCUGCUCGUCUGUACGGACCCCGUGAUAAUCAUGCACAGCCCGACAAAAACAUUGCAAACUUGUGGCCUUUUUUCAUCAGGUACCUAGCGCAGAAUGCGCAUAGACGGUCACGCCUUGAAAGGGCGUGAGAGAAGCUGCGUUUAGCAGCGUCCAGUUUAGAAAGGGAUGCCGCGGCUUUGAUUCAUAUUCCACGUAUUGCAAAAAUACAACUGCUCACCCCACGUUUGUAGUUAAAUCCCUAUCAGUAAGCCUACCAUUACAACAAACCUUUGAGUAAACUAAGAUGUUAUCAAGUUUAAACUAUUGUUGGUGGCCAACAACCUUUUUUUGCAUUCCUGCAAAUAAAUCGUUUUAUACUGUAAUAUGCGGUGGGUGUAACUUAUUUUUGUAAUAAAGUUUUUGAUUUCUA